GCUGCAGUCACGUGUUCAAUGCGGGUAUUAACAUGUUGUUAUCGGUUCCUAACAAAUAAAAAAUUGUAACCGACAGUGAAAUACACUUUUCAUUAUGGAAAUUGUUGUUGCAAUGGUGACAGACGUAUUCAGUAACUCUGCGAAUAAUUUCUGCCGAGAAACCGAGUGAAACAACGUAUCAUCACCAGUGCAGUCCUCAUAAAUAUUCGUGGUUGUGUCUAACCUAAAAAAUGUCGAGUUUAAACAAAAAUUUCAGUGAUAUUGAUCUCGAUGAUCCGAGAUACCGAAUCAAGCCUUACCAACAGAUGCUUGCAUCCUGUACUGGUGCAUUGAUAACCUCUCUCAUGGUUACACCUCUGGAUGUGGUCAAGACGAGACUGCAGGCCCAACAGAAAGCCAUGCUCUCGAACAAGUGUUUUUUGUACUGCAAUGGGUUGAUGGAUCAUUUGUGUUCAUGCAAUGGAAAGCUGCCGAACUGGAUGAGGGAGAAUGGAAAAUUUAAUGGAACUUUGGAUGCUUUCGUGAAGAUUGGACGGAGUGAAGGGGUUUUCUCACUGUGGAGUGGCCUGAGUCCUACUCUCGUGCUUGCUGUACCUGCUACAAUAGUCUAUUUUGUCUCUUACGAACAACUUAGGUUGCAUUUGAAGGACAACUACAACAGAAGAUUUCCAAAAAAAGAACCCCCACAUGAUCAACCAGCCUGGAUACCUGUGAUAGCUGGUGCAACAGCACGUGUCUGGGCGGCAACACUAGUCAGUCCUCUGGAACUGAUCAGAACAAAAAUGCAAUCACAAAAGCUCAGUUAUUCAGAAAUGGGACAGGCCUUGAAAACGGUCGUUGAAUACAGUGGAAUACCCGGACUUUGGAUGGGCCUCAGCUCCACUCUACUUCGCGACGUACCUUUCAGUGCUAUUUACUGGUUCAAUUAUGAAACCAUUAAGAGCUGGUUUCCCUCCGCCCAACACACAUUCACAUUUAACCUUGCUGCCGGUGCUACAGCUGGGUCUGUCGCAGCAUUGAUAACUCUUCCCUUCGACGUUGUUAAAACACAUCGGCAAAUUGAAAUGGGUGAACGUGAAAUUUAUAACAGCAAUCCCGAACGCAGUGGCAAGACCGCCAAUGUGCUAAAACGAAUCUAUCAACAAAACGGAAUUCGUGGCCUCUACACAGGACUAAUCCCGCGUUUAGUCAAAGUCGCCCCUGCCUGCGCUAUAAUGAUUGCGACUUUCGAGCACGGCAAACGCUUCUUCUCGGCUUACAACCGUUCCCUCGAUCACCAAAAUGACGUCCAUUUCAUUGGACACAAGAGCAGGGAUCUUAAGUGACAAAAUUUUCAAGACUGUCGAAUAUAGUGCUGAAGAUGUAAUUGUACAUAAUCCGUGAAAUGAAUAAAAUGACGAUUUAUUUAUGUAAAA